AUGGCGUCUUCUGAUAAUUUGUUGACGAUGGAGCCAUGGGGUUUUCGUUCUACAUUUAACGAUGCAUGGUUUCAGGACAUGUUCGUUAAAGAAACUGAAACUUUAACGAAAGUGCUUCAAAAAUCCUUUUCAAACCCAGAAACUGAGAUGAUUAUGCCAACGUUAACGACGUCGUUUCAGACCCCGAGUGCUGCCUCAGGGCCGACGGUUUCCGGCGGGUCGACGGAGAACGAAACCGCCGUGUCGAAGCGGCGGAGCAACAACGCCGGUGGGGUGAGCAAGAAGAUUGUUAAACGGAAGACACGCGCGUCCAAGCGCGCGUCGACGACGUACAUAACGGCUGACGUUGAUAGUUUCCGGCAGAUGGUACAGCAGGUGACCGGAGUGAGAAUGGGAGGAAACGGACACGUGACGGUUGCUUCUAUUUUGAAGCCGGAGCCGAGACGACCGGUUGACCGGGUUCAGCAAGUUAGCUGCUUGCCUACUCUUGAUACAUCAGCUUUUUUACUGGACCCCACUUCAUCGUUUAUGGCUCAACCACCGGCGGGGACUCUCUCCGCCGCACAUUCGCCGUCUGCGGUGAUUGUUGACGGUAGUUCGGGUGUGUUUGGAUUUAACUCUUUUUCUGGCUUUCCUACCCUUGAAUCAGGAAUGUAA